AGGGAGGACCCUGCGGAAGCUGCUGCUGUCCCCCGGGGCCAUGGACUCGGACGCCAGCCUGGUGUCCAGCCGCCCGUCGUCGCCGGAUCCCGAUGACCUUUUUCUGCCGGCCCGGAGCAAAGGCAGCGGCGGCAGCGGCUUCACGGGGGGCACCGUAUCCUCCUCCACGCCCAGCGACUGCCCGCCGGAGCUGAGCGCCGAGCUGCGCGGUGCCAUGGGAGCGGCGGGCACGCACCCCGGGGAUAAGCUGGGCGGCGGCGGCUUCAAGUCAUCCUCGUCCAGCACCUCAUCGUCCACGUCGUCGGCCGCAUCGUCCACCAAGAAGGACAAGAAGCAGAUGACCGAGCCCGAGCUGCAGCAGCUGCGCCUCAAGAUCAACAGCCGCGAGCGCAAGCGCAUGCACGACCUCAACAUCGCCAUGGACGGGCUGCGCGAGGUCAUGCCCUACGCCCACGGCCCGUCGGUGCGCAAGCUCUCCAAGAUCGCCACGCUGCUGCUGGCGCGCAACUACAUCCUCAUGCUCACCAACUCGCUGGAAGAGAUGAAACGACUCGGCGGCUUCCAGCACUGGGGCGGCAUGCCCUGCCCCUGCAGCAUGUGCCAGGUGCCACCGCCGCACCACCACGUGUCGGCCAUGGGCGCGGGCACCCUGCCGCGCCUCACCUCCGACGCCAAGUGA